GUCCGCAGCUCCCAAGAAGCGGCCGCCGGGUCUCGCUCAUUCGAGGAGCGCCCGCGCGGCCGCCCCAACUCUCUUCGCUGGCGCCCCUCCCCUUUUCUUCUUUUUUCGGUCGGAGGAGAGAAAACCGCCGGCGCCGGGGCGCGCCCGCAGAGCCGCGGGCAGCGGGACACACCCUCCGCCCCUCGGCCCGCCCCCGCCCGGCGGCAGGCUCGCUCCGGGGUCGCGGACGAUGGCGGGCUGACUGGGGCGGGAGCCCGCGCGCGGGCAGGAUGAUGCUCCUGAGGGGCGCCUGGACGCGCGGCCGGCGGCUGCCGGCGACCCCCGGACCCCAGGGCCGAGCGCGUCCGGGGCCGCGAACGCCGGAGCCUCAGGAAAUGGUUUUGAGGAAAUUUUUUCGGUCUGCACUAGCUCUGCUCCACACAGUCAUCCAGGGACCUCAAUCUGACUGUUUUAUCAUCGUCAACAUGUGGCUUCCAAAGCCAAAGGACUAUAAGGUUUUGUGUGUGAAGCUGUGUGGAAAUCUAAAAUUCUAUCAAUCACAUUUUUAUGGUACAGUGGUGCCCCCUGAUGAAGUAACAGUUAAUUAUAGACAUGGACUUCCCUUGAUAACACUCACUUUGCCAUCCAGAAAAGAGCGCUGUCAAUUUGUGGUCAAACCAAUGUUAUCAACAGUUGGUUCAUUCCUUCAGGACCUACAAAAUGAAGAUAAAGGUGUCAAAACUGCAGCCAUCUUCACAGCAGAUGGCAGUGAAAUUCCAGCUUCGACCUUGAUGGAAAUUUUGCUAAUGAAUGAUUUUAAACUUGUCAUUAACAAAGUACCAUAUGAUGUACAGUGCCCCAAGAGAGAAAAACUGAGUAUGGAACAUGCUACUCAGAUGGAAAAUGUGAAAUCCUUGGUUCAUAGACUGUUUACAGCUUUGCAUUUAGAAGAGUUUCAGAAAAAACGAGAGCACCUCUUACUGGAGAAAAUUGACCACCUGAAGGGACAGCUGCGGCCUCUCGAACAGAUAAAAGCUGGAAUCGAAGCUCGCUCAGAAGCUAAAACUAGCAGACUUCUGUGGGCUGGGUUAGCACUGUUGUCCGUUCAGGGCGGGGCCUUGGCCUGGCUCACCUGGUGGGUGUACUCCUGGGAUAUUAUGGAACCAGUGACCUACUUCAUCACAGUUGCAAAUUCCAUGGUCUUUUUUGCAUACUUUAUAAUCACCCGACAGGAUUAUACUUACUCAGCUGUUAAGAGUAGGCAGUUUCUUCACUUCUUCCAUAAAAAAUCAAAGAAACAACAUUUUGAUGUGGUGCAGUACAACAAGUUAAAAGAAGAUCUUGCUAAGGCUACAGAGUCGCUGAAACAGGUGCGCCACUCUCUCUAUUUGCGAAUGCAAGGAAAGGAACUCAAUGGAAAGAAUUAAUCUUGCAUUUUUAAAUAUCAUUGAAUUUUUUCCAGUACGUGUUGAUUCUGCAACUUAAAAACUGGAACUUUUUGAGUCCCAUAGUUCCUUUGAAUUUGAUUGUUUUAAUCUCUUUUGUUAAAUUAAAAAAAAUGUUUGCAAAACACAGGUAUUCUUUGAAGUUCUCACUUGAGAUUUUUAGUGUGUGGAUUCACAUGACUUGCCCAGGGUUAAUGCCAGAAGGAGCUUGGAUGUGUCCAUUAAAGUCAGAGCAGCUGCUGCUGCGGUUUGGCACUUGAGCUAAGAGUCCUCAUCCUCCUGGGUUAUGUUUAUUCCCCUGCAUACGUGGAGUGGUCCAUGUGCCUGGCAUUUGCUCUCAUUCUUAGGUUUCCUUUAGAAUUGUCUUGUCAUUAAUUUAUUUUUAAGUACAUAAUAGUAAGAAGACCUUUAUCCUGAAACAUAGCUAAAUUAUAAAAUCAUAAAAUGUCAUUUGAAAUGUUUCAUCUUAACUAAUAUUUUACUGAGAUAUAGAUACUAUUGAUACAAUAUCAAGUACUGAUGUAGGUACUUUACAUAUACGUUAUUUGUAAUCCUAUAUCCUAUGAAAGUAGCUGUUUUUGUUUUGUUUUUAAAAGAUUUUAUUUAAAAAAAAAUAAAAGAUUUUAUUUAUUCAUGAGAGACACAAAGAGAGGCAGAGGGAGAAGCAGGCUCCAUGCAGGGAGCCCGAUGUGGGACUCAAUCCUGGGACUCCAGGAUCAUGCCCUGAGCCACAGGCAGACACUCAACUGCUGAGCCACCCAGGCAUCCCCAAAAGUAGCUGUUUUUAAUCCCAGUUUAAUAAUAAGGAAAUGGAGGCAUGGAGAGGCUAGUUGGCCCAAGUGCACAGAGCCAGAUUUCAGCACCUACUCAUGGUGGAAGAAAGAUCUUUGUGCAUUUACAACUAAUGGUAGUUAGUCCAUUGGCCUGGAAGGAUAAUGAUGAUACCCUGAUUUGCUAUUCAAAAUACCCAAAGCCACCAAUGUUUUCCGAGUUUAUCUUUCGAUCAAGUCAGAUUCAAACUUCUACGCUGUAAGUGGAGCGGCACACAAUGACUGCUUGCCAUUUGUGUCAGUAUCUCUGAAACAUGGAAAUUUUUAAUCACUACAAUAUUGAGGUUUUAUUACUAAGCUAAGAAUACGCGCUGUGUUUUUAUAUAAUCAUUAUGACGAGCCCAAGGACAUGUUCUGCCUUUUGGUAUUCCUAGGGAGAGACAAGACCGUCAAGUAUGAUCAAAGUUAAGAGAAAUAACUUGGGAAGGGUGGGCCUUGCCUUUUGGGUGGAACUUGGCAAGAGGGAAAGCAUUUCAGGCAGGGAUAUAAUGUGGGAAGGGCAGGGGAGUCCUGACAUGGGUCUUGGCUCUGUACUGGAGUAUUUCUCCAGGGAAUAUACAAUGAAAAGGAGUAGAAUGCUUGAAACAAGUUUGGACUGGGAGGAUGGGAUCAGAUAAUGGAAUCAGGAUUCUGGAUUUAACAUGGGAAACAGCAGAGUACAUCCAGUGUGGGAUAGAAAGCAUGUGGGCUUUAGGGUCAGGGAGGUUCUGCACUUACUAGCUGGAGAUAUUAGGCAGUUAACUUGACCUCUCCUCAUUAAGAUAAUUAUAAAAUACCAUUGACCUUAUUGAGAGUUAAGUGAGAUGAAAUAGUUUGAACAUGAGUAGCUAAUAUAAGCUACUCUAUAAAUGUCACACUUGAGUAGAGGUUCCAGGAGAACAGGGAUUGUGGGGACUCCUAGGUGGCUCAGCGGAUGCACAUCUGUCUGCCUUCAGGUCAGGGUGUGAUCCUGGGAUGCCUGGAUCAAGUCCUGCAUUAGGCUCCCUGUGAGGAGCCUGCUUCUCCCUCUGCUGUGUCUCUGCCUCUCUGUCUCUGUCUCUCAUGAAUAAAUAAAUAAAAAUCUUUGAAAUAACAAGCAAACUGGGAUUGUUGUUUGCUUUGUUCACUGAUGGAUCCAUCCCAGGUGCCAAGAAUAAUGCCUGGCUUUGCUAGGUACCCAAGAAAGAUAGGUAAAAGGCCUGUGGCAUAGCCUUUCAGGUAUAGCGCUGGGCAGAGUCCAGUCUGGGAAAGUAGAAAGAAUGGCUUCUGAGUUUUUGCAUGUAGUCUAAGGGCAAUCUGGAAAGAUGGCAUAGACUAGAGCAGGUGUUGGCAAAUUCAUAUAUGAUGCCUGUUUUCACAAAUGCAGUGUUACUGGAAGUCAGCUGCAUUGAACUUUGGCUCUUUCUGCACUGUACGCAGCAAACUUUUCUAUACAGCAGAGACAGUGUGGCUGCAAAGCCUAACCUAUUUACUUUCUGGCUUUUUACAGAAAAAUGUUGAUGAACCCCUGAACAAUAAAUAAAUAAAUAUGAAAGAUGAUUAUCAAAGAAUACUUCUGUGUUUUUAGGGCUUCAGAAAGUCAUGUGAAAUUUUACUUAUUUAUUCAUAGAGACAGAGAGAGAGAGGCAGAGACACAGGCAGAGGAAGAAGCAGGCAUCAUACAGAGAGCCUGACGUGGGACUCGAUCCACAGUCUCCAGGAUCACGCCCUGGGCUGCAGGUGGCGCUAAACCGCUGCACCACCGGGGCUGCCCAGAAAGUCAUGUGAAAAAUGAAUUCUUAGAAAAGAUAGCUUCCUUUGAUUUGUAUCUUGUUACUCGACAAGUAAUACGGAGUUUAAUUCUUCAGAUCAGGGACUAUUGUGUAAGUCACAUUGUACUUUGGUGAAAUUCAUUUCUUAGUACCAAGGGGACAACUCAGUAAUAAGCGGCAGGACACUCCAGCCUUUAUAAUAUUUAAGCUGUAGUUUAAUGAACAUUAUGUUUAUAUUAAAGCUGUAGAGAUCAGGUAACUAAUAAUAUAAACAAGUGUGAUCUUUCUACUCAAUUCAAGUUGUAAGUACAAAAAGAUUGGAACCAAAAUUAAGCGAAUCCAAUUAUAUGUUAAUUUUAUUACAAAAAUAUUGUCUUAUUUAGAGACAACUGUUAAAAUUCAGUCGUGUCCCUCUUACUUCCAUGACAUUUUGGAACCCAGAUAAUAUCAUUGCAGUUCGAUAUCACUGCAACUCUUCAACUGAGUUUGUUGAAGGAAAAAAGUGGUUUUGUUCAUUUUGUUUUUAGAACUUUUGAAUAACAUCAACUUUCUCUUAGGUAACCAGAAUUGUGUCAUCUUUGCCAUCAGGCCAGUGUUCAUGAGGUGAACUGAGGAGCGGCUUUGUAGUCAUUAGCUCUGGAAAGUAGAGUCACAGUGAUGGCAGUGCCUGUGGUAGGCCCCGUCAUGACCACACACAAAGGUAUCAGUGUCCCGCUCACCACAGCCUCUAGUCGCCUCUCGCUGUGAUCCGCAGCUGAAACGGCACAUGCAAAUGAUCACUUCUGAACUAGUGAGUCAUAUGUUUCAGUCCUCAGAGCGCAAACAUUUUACCAUCUUCAGCCUCCGACAGGCUACUAACAGAGUUACUCCAGUUUUAUAGAUCAUAUUAGUAAGCAUGGACUCUUAAAAAUAACAUCUAUUAUUCCAGUAACACCAAGGUCCCUGAGUGGGACCAGUGACUGCUGGACAGCGUAUGGCCACUUAACCUGGAAGAGCCACAGAUUCCAAUUCUCAGGAAUUAAGUGUGUUUUGUAUUUAUUCCUCAGAAUACCAUACAGCAGUCCUUGUAGGUGAUAUUUUUAAAUACUAGACUUAUUUUUUAUUGAAGCGUAUUUGACAUACAAUGCUAAUGUUAAAUUAGUGUCAGGUGUACAGCACGGUGAUUCAAAAUUUAUAUACAUCAUGAAGUGUUUACCAUGAGAAAUUUAGUUGCCAUCUGUCACCACCCAAUACAUAUUAUUAACUGUAUUCCUCAUGCUGUUGAUUUUGUUCCCAUGUCUUAUUUAUUUUAUAACUGGAAGUUUGUACCUUUUAAUUCCCUCCCGCUAUUUUGCCUAUCACCUCUCCCCCGCCUGCCCCCCAGCAACCAGCAGAUGUUCUCUUUAGCUGUGAGCUCGAUUUUUUUUUAAUUUCACAUAUAAAUGAGAUCAUACAGUAUUUGUUUUUCUCUCAUUUCACUUAGCGUAAUACCCACUAGGUCCAUCCUUGUUACAGAUGGCAAGAUUUCAUUCUUUCUUAAUGACUUAAUAUUCCAUUGAAUAUGUUAUACAGGCAUACCUCAGAGAUAGUGUGGAUUCAGUUCCAAACCAUUGCAAUGAAGCAAAUAUUGUAAUAAAGCAAGUCAAAUGAA